AGCUGUACUGGUUGUGGUCGGAGCAGAGGAAGCUGGGAAAGGAUCAAGGAAACCUCUAGCAUCGUAGAUAAACACCGUAAAGAGGUGUGAAGCCAGCGGGCACACGGCUGUCACAGUACUAAAAGAACAGUAAAAGAGUCCGACUGAGUUCUCCAUACAGCGAGGGUCAACAUGUCUGAGACAUACGACUUCCUGUUUAAGUUCCUGGUGAUUGGCAGUGCUGGGACGGGGAAAUCCUGUCUCCUCCACCAGUUCAUUGAGAACAAGUUUAAACAGGACUCCAACCACACCAUCGGUGUGGAGUUUGGGUCUAGAGUGGUCAACGUUGGAGGAAAGACAGUCAAACUGCAGAUCUGGGAUACUGCUGGCCAGGAGCGAUUUCGAUCUGUUACACGCAGCUACUACAGAGGAGCAGCUGGAGCACUUCUUGUCUACGAUAUUACCAGUCGAGAGACAUACAAUGCCCUGACUAACUGGCUGACAGAUGCACGGACACUGGCGAGUCCCAACAUUGUUAUUAUCCUGUGUGGCAACAAGAAAGACUUGGAUGCAGACAGAGAGGUGACCUUCCUCGAAGCUUCACGCUUCGCUCAGGAGAAUGAGCUGAUGUUUCUAGAGACUAGCGCGCUAACAGGUGAAAAUGUCGAGGAGGGUUUCUUGAAGUGCGCUCGCACCAUUCUCAACAAGAUAGAUUCAGGCGAGUUGGACCCAGAGAGGAUGGGUUCAGGUAUUCAGUAUGGAGAUGCUUCGUUGAGGCAGCUGCGACAGCCCAGAGGCACCACAACACAGAAUAAGCAGCAGUGUAAUUGCUAGGGGUCGGGACCCACCCUCACCCCAGCCCACAGGUCCACACAGACAGAACUCCCCCUACAGGUUUUUUUUUUGGUGUGUGAUCGUCCUUCCCCCUCUCCUUCAGUUCCACACACCUUGGAUCACCUUGGGUCGUGGAGAUCACUGCAACCUAUGACCCUUGACCUCUGGUAAGAGUCUACGGCUUACCUGAGGGGGUCGGUUUGCUCUUGCGUUUGGACAGCAUAACCCCUCAGUGUGAGCAAAGUGGAAAUGUAAAGAGACAUCCUCCACCAUGGUCUCUGUUACUUAUCAGACAAGGACAAAGUCAAGGGUUGUGUGUUUGGGCUGACCUACUGUUGUGUGUUAUUCUUUUUUUCUCUCUUGCUCUCUGCUUUUUCAUUCUGGUUUUAGCAAUCCCCAAAAUACUUUGAGCAUUUCCAUAUCAUUGCUUGUAAAUUAUUAUUGUUAAACUCUUUUGUGCAUUCAACCUGUCCUAGUGUGGGUCAUUGGGAUUUUUUUUUUUUUUUUUUUUUAAAUCAUGCAUCAUAAACUAUAUUUCUCAUAAAUGAUGGAAAAUAUUAUUUUCCAUCAUUUAUGAGAAUUUUUUAAAAAAAAAUUUAAUGGAAAAUAAAUGAUAAACAUCACAUAUUUUUUGGGUACGAUUUACACCAGGUGUGAUGCAAAUCCUUUCUACUUUGUCCUGUCAUUUUAAUUUUUUCGUAGUAGACCUGAUGGAUUCAUAGCAUAUAAAUUCCAACACUGAUAUGUAUAAACUCUCAUGGGGGGAUGAUCCCAUCACUCCAUUCUACACCCAAACAGGCAAGGCUGUGGGUCAGGUUGAAAGCACAAAAAAGAGAACUUUUGCUCUUUAUUUAAACCAAAAGUCCACAAGUCUGUAAAUUGAGCUUUAUCAGAUUCACACCAUGUUUAAAUUCACGUGUCCAGUUAUAGUGAUAAAUUGGCAUUAUAAUGUUUUUGACUCCUGCUGGGCUUUUCGCCAUGACAUUUCGUAGAUUCAUACAUGCACGUACUGUAUAAGACGUCACAGGAAACCACAGUUGGCUUUUGUUUGGUUUGUUUGGGAAACUUUUGUGCCGCCCAACCAGCCAAAGGUUUGACCUUUGUUUUGUUUUUUGUUUUUUGUUUUUAAAAAUCAUGUCACGUUGUACGUUCAAUUUGACAGGAUUCUGUUUUUAAACUUUCAAGUAAUCACUGGAGGGAUAAAUAUUUCAAAAUGCUAAUCAAGAUCCUCCAUAUGUGCUCGUUUGAGCUGUAGUAUAUGAUUUGUAAUAUUUUAUUUUUCAUAGUCUGAACCAUAAUCCCUCAUGCUCUAUUGAUAGGGCCAUUCUCACCCUAGAAGACACCACCCCCAUCAGAUGAAGUUGGGUUUUGUUUUUGUUUUUUUUGUUUGUUUGUUUUUGUGACCCUGACCCUCUAAACGGAAAAGUAGAACCGAUCCAUGCCAGCAAAGUGGCCCUCUCAGUAUAACUGAGACACCACAUCUCCUCAGUGUAUGGGUCAAAUUCCAAGUUUUUCCCUUUAAUAUCUCCCUCUGCAGCUCUGCUGCAAAAUGUCAGUUUUGUUGCACCACUGAACUGACCCAGAUGUUUUCUCUUGAGAACAGACCUUGUAUUACUCUAGAGAGAAACAGGGGAAUUUCCACAGAAACACAGUUUCCUCUCUGCUUGUAACACUGACAACAUGGUUUGUGGUGCUGCUGGAGGAAAAUGAGGUUGCAAGUUAAUGGCUUAGAAAAUCCAAAGCCCCCGCUCUGCUGUUUAAUCAAAGGCACCGCUUCUGUCUGAAUCACUGUCUGAGAGCAGGUCAUACAAACCAAGCCAAGAGGAGCUCAAAAACAAAGUGUGCGCAAACGUAUUUCUCAAGCCUCUGUGUUGGCAUACGUUCCCCCAGACAAACCAUAUGUGUUUAAGCUCAACUGAGCCAGCACACUGAAAGGGCAAACAUGAGAUCAUAUAGGACAUCAAGAGACAGAUGGUCAAAACACAUUGCUUUCAUAAAAUAUUUGCAUAGCAUGAUAGUUUGUCUCCUUCUGCAAGUGCACUUUUACUUUUGAAUCUGUGUUUGUUUUGUUUAUAUGCUGUAACUAUAGAA